AAGUGAGAAGUUGUCCGUAAAAUACCAGUUUUCUCCCUCCAGCCAUGAAUUUCGAAGUACAACUCGUUAUGCACAUGGUAUGACUUCAAUCCAAAGAAGAAAAAGGUUGGUUUUCACAAUUCAGGCGAUAGCUUGCAAAUGGAGGAGACGAAAUCGAGCACGCAAUUCGACGAAUGCGAUGAUGAAUUUCAUGAUGCGGUCGACGAAUUCGAAUUUUACGACUGCCGCGAGAAUUUUUCUGAUCAAACUGAAUCCAGUCGUGACGAAUUAAUUUCAAAUCCCAGCUCUAAUCCUCCUCAGGAAGACAAAUCCCCGGCGCUGUCGGUUCUCCGGCGCCGCAGGUCUCGUUCGAGUAAGAAAUCCUUCGGAGAUGGCCCGGCAGAGCUGGCGAAGUUCGGCGCGGCGGAAAGUGUGGACAGAUACUUGAGAGAGAGAAGAAAUGUCUCGCUUUCUCCGAAAUUCGAGGAGCACGAGAUGAGAUUGGAGGAUACGAAGCCUGCUUUGCAGAGUAAUGAGACGAGCGAGGAGAAAUCGACGGUAACGGAUGCAAUCGCCGCAGCUCUUGGCGAAGAAUCGAGCUGGAGAGGAAAUGAGGAUUCGAAUCCGGGAUUCCUGCUCAAGCUUCCCGGUAUAGUAAUCAAGCGAAUCGCUUUGCUAGUCAAAAUUGUUACGUUUACUAUUCGAUUGGUGUAUUAUUCGUACAUGAUUGUGUUUAACCCUUUGGGGCUUUUAUUGCCAUUGCGAUGGUUUAUCAUUCAGCAGUUGAAAAAAAUUUGGAAUCUCAUGUUUGGAAUUGUUUCAGAAUAUGUGUAUGAAUGGUUGAAAGAGCAGCGAGCGAUUUGGAAAUUAGGUUUAAAAUGUGGUUGGGGAUUGUUGUGGUCAGCUUAUGUGUGCUCUGUGUUGCUUGGAUUGCUGGUCUCGGCAUUUGUGGUGGGCGGUGUGUUGAUAAGAAUGGUGGUGGAUGAGCCGAUUAGGAUGACUAGGAGCUUGAAUUUCGACUAUUCGGAGAAGAGCCCGGUGGCGUUGGUGCCAAUUAUGUCUGGUGUGAAGAUGAAUGUGAGGCAUUUUGUGGAGAAGCCUAAGAUCUUGAAGGCCGGUGAAUCAAGGGUCGUGCCACGUGAUCAUGGGGUGCAUGUUACUGUGUCUUUAACAUUGCCUGAGUCUGAAUACAACCAACGUCUUGGGAUGUUUCAGGUCAGAGUAGACUUCGUUGCUGCUGAUGGCCAAAUACUCGCAACAUUAAGACGUCCAUGUAUGCUUAAGUACAGGAGCCAGUCGAUCCGCCUCCUCCUUACUUUGCUCAAGGUUGCGCCCAUUCUGACAGGCUACACAUCAGAAACCCAGAAACUGAAAGCAAACUUCAAAGAUUUCACAGAAGGCGAUCCCCCAACAGCAUCCAUAAGAGUUAUUCUCGAGCAAAGAGCCGAAUAUUCACCCACCGGUGCAGGCAUCCCAGAAAUAUACAGCGCGUCCCUGACCCUCGAGUCCGAACUCCCUCUGCUAAAAAGGAUCUUGUGGUUCUGGAAGAAAACGGUGUUUGUAUGGGUUAGCAUGAGUGUGUUUAUGAUUGAGUUGGUUUUCGCUCUCCUCUGCUGCAGACCUCUCAUAAUCCCCAAAAUAAGGCUCUGGGAACCCACGCCUCAAGAGGGCGCCUCUCACUACAAUCGUCCCCGUCAAAGCUGAAACGACAAGGAUGAGGAACAGCAAUAACAAUGCGCUCUCGUGCACGAGGGGGUGCUUUGUGUUAUACUACCUUGUGUGUACUCGACAGCAGAUGCAUUUUUUGGCGUAGAAGAAUGUGUAAGUAAGGUUUUUUCACACUUUGAAGUUGUAGCCAAGUUGUAUAUAGUUAGGAUUUACAUUAUUUGAGAACUCUGCUGCUAAUGCAAGAGCAUAUAUAUGGUUGUUUUCUUUA